GAUAUUGUAUUAUUAUACUCGCAACAGUCCACUCACACAUCUAAACAAAACAUGUCAAAACAGCUGAUAUCAUAUUCAUAUUCCGCUUGUUGCUUGCUAAAAUGCGAUGGUGUCGGUGAUGACGUCAAAACAUUUCCAUCUCCGGGUUUUAUUCAGUAUGAAUUGAAUUGAAGAUCAUUUUUUUAUUCAGUUCAAAUUAGAGAGCCAUAGCUGGUAUACUGGUAGUUUCGCUACAGUAAUUCAAUUCAGACAAAAUUGUUUACCACGUGAACUUAGUUUUGAUCGCUGUGUAUUUAAUUCUUGAAAAUAAUUGAAAUUAAACGAAAUUUAUUAAAAAUAAAGACAAAGUUUCAUUCAUUAAGAAAAAAACGAUAUUAGAUUUUGUAAUGUUGGGAAAAAAAGUUGUGUUAGUGGUUGGCAAUGGAGGGCGGGAGCAUGCUAUUUGCUGGAAGUUGUCAGAAAGUGAAAAAGUUGAAAAAAUUUACGUUUUACCCGGUAGUGCUGGAAUAGAACGAGUUAAUAAAUGCGAAAAUGUUAAGGAUGUUGAUAUUAAGGAUUUCCAGGGAAUAGCGAGCUUGUGUAAGACUAAAAACAUUGAUUUAGUCAUUGUUGGGCCAGAAGAUCCCCUUGCCAAUGGCUUGAGUGAUGUUUUACAAACAAAAAAUAUUCAGUGCUUUGGUCCAGGAAAAGAUGGAGCUAGAAUAGAAUCUGAUAAAAAAUGGGCUAAAGACUUUAUGAUUCGGCAUAGCAUUCCCACAGCGAAAUUUGAAUCUUUCACCGAAGCCGAAAAGGCUAAGAAAUUUAUCCAGAGCGCUCCUUUCGACGCUUUAGUUGUCAAGGCAAGUGGACUGGCUGCCGGGAAAGGUGUUGUUGUAGCAAGUAAUACAGACGAAGCCUGCCAGGCAGUUGACGACAUCCUAGGCGAAAAGAAGUUUGGAAAAGCUGGUGAAGUAAUUGUUAUAGAAGAACUUUUAACGGGAGAAGAAAUUUCUGUUCUCGCAUUUGUUGAUACUCAAAAUGUUUCGGUUAUGCUUCCUGCGCAAGAUCACAAGCGACUUAAAGAAAAUGAUGAAGGCCCGAAUACAGGUGGCAUGGGUGCAUAUUGUCCUUGUCCACUCAUAUCAAAAGCCGACAUUGAAAUUGUAAAAAAAGAAGUCCUACAAAAAGCUGUCGAUGGUUUAAGAUCAGAAGGCAUUCAAUACUGUGGUGUGCUCUACGCAGGCAUUAUGCUAACACCAAAGGGUCCUAUGGUUUUGGAAUUCAACUGCCGUUUUGGUGAUCCGGAAACUCAAGUUAUACUUCCGCUUUUAAAAACUGAUCUUUUCGAGGUAAUGAGUGCGUGCUGCGCAAACAAACUUAAUGAAUUAGAUCUUCAGUGGGAGAAUAAUCUCAAUGCGGUUGGAGUUGUAAUGGCUAGCGCUGGAUACCCUGAAACAUCAACAAAAGGAUGCGUUAUUGAAGGAAUUCCGGAAAACUCGACUGAAGAUAUUAUUUUUCACAGUGGAGUAGCAAUUAACGAUGAGAAAAAACUGGUUACAAAUGGAGGAAGAGUCUUGAUCGCUGUGGCAUUAAGAAAGGACCUUAAAUUAGCCGCCGCAGAGGCUACUUCUAUUUGUCAAAAUAUUAAAUUUUUGGGCAAAGGAUCUCAAUUCCGUACCGAUAUUGCACAGAAGGCCCUCAAAAUGCAAUCUCUUUCGUAUAAAGAAAGCGGCGUUGAUAUUGAUGCUGGUGAUGAUUUUGUUCAAAGAAUCAAACCUCUUUGUCGGGGUACCCAUCGACUUGGUGUAAUCGGCGGAUUAGGUGGCUUUGGAGGACUUUUUAGUCUUAACAAGCUAUCAUAUAAAAAUCCUGUUCUGUGCGAAGCCACCAACGGUGUCGGUUCUAAAAUAAAACUCGCCCUAGACAAUGAAAUGUAUGAAACCAUUGGUUUUGACUUGCUGGCAAUGUGUGUGAAUGAUGUUUUGGAAAGUGGAGCAGAACCAGUCGCUUUUCUGGAUUAUAUAGCGUGUGGAAAGCUUCAAGUGCCACUGGCAGCACAAAUUGUUAAAGGAAUUUCGGAAGGAUGUAGGGCUGCCAACUGCGCUCUUCUUGGAGGAGAAACUGCAGAGAUGCCCUCCGUUUAUGAUGUGGGAAAAUAUGACAUGGCUGGCUACUGUUUGGGGAUUUUAGAAGACGGCACAGAGCUCCCAAGAUAUGAUAACUUUAAGGAUGGAGAUUUGAUUAUAGGAUUACAAUCAAGUGGUCUCCAUUGUGCAGGAUUUGAAUUAGUUUGUAAUGCACUUGAUAAGAUGGGAAUCAGCUGCAGCGACAUUUCAGAAUUUGGAGAUGGUAGCAAAACCUUAGGUCAAGAUUUGGCUUAUCCGACACGAAUAUAUGUGAAUGAUGUGCUCCCGUUACUUAAAACGGGGUUAGUGAAGGCUAUAUCUCACGUCAGUUCAAGCUUAGAAGAAGGCCUCACAAAACUAUCAACAAACGGCUUUCAGUUAGACAUUGAUUUUGAGAAAUUUCAAAUUCCACAAAUUUAUGGGUGGAUCAUGUCUAAGCUUUCAAUAUCUGAACGUACUCUUAUAAAUAACUUCAAUUGUGGACUUGGAAUGAUUCUAGUGGUAUCCAAGGAAUGCACCGAGUGGCAGAAAAUUCCAUACGCGAAUCUCAUUGGAAAAAUAAAUUUCGCCAAUUUAACUAAUCCAAUAAAAAUAUCAAAUUUUAAAUUUGAUUUGAAGAAUACAUCUGCAAUGGAUUCCAUCAAUUUGUCGAGACGUGUGCAGACCGAUAUUGAGACUGAUAAAAGCAGGAGAUUACUUAACGAUGUACAACACCGACAAGAAUCGUUUGUUUCCCAAGGAGGAAGACGGCUUACUCGCGUUUCUAAGACUUUCAAAGAUCCAGUUCUGAUCAUUGGCACAGAUGGCUGCGGAACUAAAAUUAAAAUUGCUCAGGAAACUCAACUUAAUUCAACAGUUGGUAUUGAUUUAGUGGCCAUGUGUGUGAAUGAUAUUCUGUGCAAUGGCGCGGAGCCUUUAACAUUCUCAUCAUACUUUGCUUGUGGAAAUUUAGAUAGGACAUGUUUUAAUAACAUUAUGACGGGCAUAGUGGAUGGAUCAAAAAAAGCCGACAGCAGUUUAAUAGACAUACAUACUAUUGAAGUUCCGCUUUUAUACCAACCCAAGGCUUACGAUCUGGCUGGAUUUUCCCUGGGAAUCGCUGAAAACGAUAAAAUUCUUCCAAGAACCAAUGAAAUAUGCGAGGGAGACUCUCUUAUUGCUAUACCUUCUAGUGGCGUCCAUAGUAACGGUUUCAGUUUGGUUCACGCCGUUAUGAAACUAGCGGGAGUUAGCUUUUUUGAUGUCGCACCCUUUAGUGGAAAAACUUUUGGUGAAGAGUUUUUAACUCCAACGGAGAUUUAUGUGCAUGCAAUAGCCCCCCUUUUGUCAAGUGGCAAAAUAAAAGCUUUAGCCCACAUAACAGGUGGUGGUCUCAUUGAAAAUAUUCCUCGAGUUCUAAGCAAAGACAUUGGCGUGCACCUAGACGCAAAUUGUUUUGUUAUCCCACCAGUUUUUGCUUGGAUCGCAGCUAAAGGUCGCGUUGCGAGUUAUGAGAUGCUGCGUACCUAUAAUUGUGGAAUUGGAAUGAUACUUGUUGUUGAUCCGAAAUAUGAAGCAGAUCUCUUGCAGGCUCUUCGUUUUACUCAUCGAGCAACAAAGGUUGGAAGUGUUGUCAAAAAAACGAAUAACACCCAGCAAGUCGUGGUUGACAAUUUUAAUGAUUGCUUACUUAGGACACAAAGACUGUUGGAAUUUCCAUUAAAAAGAGUUGCUGUUUUAAUCUCGGGUUCUGGAACAAAUUUACAAGCUCUAAUCGAUGCAAGUAGAAACUCUGCUUUGGGUUUGUUCUGCGAAAUUGUGUUAGUUAUCUCAAACAAACCGGAUGUCUAUGGUUUAAAACGAGCUGAAAAAUCAUGUAUUCCAUCAAUUGUGAUAUCUCAUAAAAACUUUAAAAACAGAGAAGAAUUCGAUUUGGCAAUGUCAAAUGAGCUAGAAAAACAAAAGGUGGAUAUCGUUUGCUGUGCUGGGUUUAUGCGAAUUCUUACGCAAACUUUUGUUCGGAAAUGGAAGGGAAAAUUAAUAAAUAUUCAUCCAGCACUACUGCCAAAGCACCCAGGUUUGAAUGUUCAGCAGAAAGCUAUAGAUGCCGGUGAUACCGAAUCUGGAUGUACUGUUCAUUUUGUUGAUGAGGGCGUCGAUACAGGAGCUGUUAUUUUACAAGAAAGAGUUCCAAUCUUACCUUCAGACACAGCAGACACUUUAUCUCAGAGGAUUCUAGAGGCGGAACACUAUGCUUAUCCCCAAGCUCUUCGACUUAUAUCCACAGGUGUUGUUGGAUUAGAUAAAAAUGGACAUUUAAUUAAGAGAAAUUAGAUUAAAAAACGCAUUAAAAAAAUUUA